AUGAUGAAAUUGAAGGAAAUGGUAGAGGCCGCCGAGGCCAAGGUGGAAGCGAAGCCUGCGCAGCCCGCCGAGGAGAAGCCGACGGAGCAAGGCGGCGCGGCCGAAGAAGACGUCGCUGUCCCUGUCGAGGGGGGAAGUGGAGCGGAACCGCUCGACCAAGCCGAAGUUGAAAAGAUGCUGUUCGACGAGUCUCUCGGUGCCCAAGAGUACACAUACGAGGAGUUCCUGGAACUUAUUGACCAACCGCCAGAAGAGCGCGGUGAGGCCGAGGACGAGCGGAAGCACUGGUCGUAUCCCCGCAGGUGGAAAGUCGUUUUGUGGAAUCUCCAGAUUCAAAACUACAUGGACGACAAGUUCUCCGCGUUCAUGGAGUUCGAAUUCGGAGGCACGCGCGAAGAAUGUAAAGUUCACAAAGGAACGUCGGUUCUGAUUUACGCGACGGGGCAAGACAAGAAUUAUCUGCGAACACCGGUCAUCCCAGACGUCAGCAACGCAGGGCCAGUCGACAUGCACUUUCGAAAGGCGUUCGAGUACCGUGGAUCCUACCUCGACCUCGAGAGAGAAAAGCUGAAAAUCAAGGUCUGGGAGUAUCGGAAUUGGACACUGAACCACCUCGAGGCAGUCUUCGAGGAGGCGCUCCUCAACCUGGCAACCGGCGAAACGCACGUCGAACGCGACCUCUACAAAUUUAUCAAAGGGCGCCGCUCGCGUCGCUGUCGAAUUAGCUUCCACUUGUAUUUUCAGGAGUUGUACGACUUUGAGUUGUCUUUCGUAAAGUGGCGACUGGUUCAAAUUAUGCCUUGUGUGACCCUGCAAGAAAGAAUCGCCUCGCGGGAAAAAAGCAGGGAUGGCUACACGCGCGAGCAAACGAUCGGCCACAAGCGGCUCGCCGACCAAGCCAAAUACGCGAUUCAACAGAGACAAGUCAAACGUGAAAUGCAGAAAAGAGACAGUCAAAAAGAGUUGCUACACGACGCUUCGCGGCGGAGUUUGCACGCGCAUUCGUCUCGGUUUGGAGCGCGGCGUUCGGACGAUGGCCACGGAUCCCGCGAGAUGCUGGCGCUUUCUGCGGAGCGCACCUCCGCGCGGCUUUCCCACCUCGGUCUGGAUGGGCCGAUGAAGAGUGCGCAGAACCGAGGACAGCGCUCGUGUUCACGCCUGGACGACUCGGGGAGAGACUCGAGCCGAGCGAUGGAAGAGAUUUUUCUACAGCACCAGGCGACGAUUCUCGCGUCGGAUCAACUCGACGAGUUGCCUGCCUCGCUGCGCCCGCCGCCGCCCCGCCGGAAAAAGGGCGACGACAAGAAAGACGGGAACAAAGCUGAUGGCCCACAAGUGAAAAUGACAAUCUCCCUCAUGCAUGCCAGCUCGAUGAACAAAGGCCUAGGCCUCGUCUCCAGUGAACGCCCCGCUCUCGGGAUCCCCAGAUGGGACAACCUCGGCGAAAUCUACUUCCGGGGCACUCUCCGAGACCUCGACUCAACAUACAUCGAGGUCGUGGUUGAGGACACGACUGCGCCGAAGGUGAUGCGGCAGAUCGGCUACGGCCAGAUUCCUCUGCGCGGCGUCGUGGACUACCCGUGCCUGCACACCGAGCUCGGGAUGCCCAUGUGGCUAGGCCUGCAGGCGAAGAUGGAGGGAUGGGGACACGCGCUGAAGGAGUGGUGCUUCGGCUUCGUCGAGGGUACAGUCAUCGUGGCUCACUUGCCGCGGUACCGCCAACUCGGCGAAGUCUCAGAGGCCGACAGCGGCCGCGUGUAUUUGAUGCUUCGAAUAAAAGACGUGGACCAGAUCGUGACUCCGGACAACCGCCCCGUGGUGGAUUCGUACGUGGAGGCUUCCUUCGACGGCACGUCGCGCCGAACGCGGACGGUUCGCAACACUCUGAAUCCGGUCUGGGACGAUGAAAUCACCAUUCCGCUGCGCCUGCCGGCUUUCCGCGACAUCACCGAGUCGGACGUGACUCGAAAGGGAAAGGUCUGGUUGGACGUCUGGGGAACUGGCCCAGGCUACGUUGACCAUCUGGGUGGAUGCUGCUUCUCCCUCUACGAAAUCUUCUUCAACGAGAAACACAGCAAGCGCAACCUCACGGUCACGCAACGCAUCGACCUAGAGGCCAACACGCGACAGACCUACGAGGCCCGCGUGUUCUCCAGCUCCAGGCGACUCGCCUUCAUCCACAAAGCAGAUCGACCGUCCACGAUCCAGUUCGAGGCCUGGACGUGCCCCGAUAUCCUAGAAGUUUCCGGCAUUGACAAGCUGCCCGAGCCCGAGCGCUUGACGACAACCAGCAACCUCCCGGUGACGCUGCGCAAGACCUACGACAAUCUUAAGCGCAUGUACAUGGAGGUGAUAGAGGCGAAACGCUUGGUGGACCCAGACAACGGCGUGGGUCCACCGCGUUUCUUCGACUUCGAGUUUCUGGACCAGCGAAAGGAGACACACUACGCACCUACCAUGGUCACCCGCAUUAUACCUCCGUUCGGCGUGGAUUCCGAGAGCUCGGUUUUCCAUUACUGCCGAUGUGUCCCCUUCUCCAUCAAGCGCGAAAACGUCGUCUUCACUCCCGAGUUUACCGUCCAGAUAAAAUCCGGAAACGCGAUGGACCACUCGAUUCUCAUGACCAGUCUUCUUCUCGGUCUCCCCGCAUUCGCCUUUGUUUGCGUCGGAACUUUAUGGGACAAGCACGUGCACUCGUGGGUGACUACCUUCCACUACGACGAGGACCGCGGCUGUGGAGUCGUCAAGUUCUGGGAGACAACAACGGGUCUCGUGUACACCCUGAAGCAUCGCUUUCAGGAUCCCCACACGCUGCAAAGGUUCUCGGCGGACCCCGAAUUCGGCAUCCUGAAGAUGAUGAAUAUCCAGAGAAGGAGACGCCUGAAUAUCCUGGGGGUGGCAGCAGAAUCCGAGACGCCUGACUACAUCUCGCGGAGCGGGGAAGAUCUGGAGAAGAAUGAGUUUCCGACCGGAGGGCCAAAGCUGCCUUAUCGGUCUCUGGACAUUAUGUUCAACAACAGAAACGUGUGGCUAAACAUUCAGGACGCGAACCCUGCCAAGGUUUGGUUCGACGUGUGGGACGUGGAGAAGUGGUACCAGUUUUCGCCGGGUUUGCACGACAUCCCGCCGUGUUUCAUCGUUCGCGGCUUCGGGGCGAAGGUGGCCGAAUGGCAUUUUGACCGAGCGGCGCAAGAAAUCCAAGACAAAGUGGUCAGCGACUUGACUGCUUUUCGAGCGACGCGCAACUUGCCGACGAAAUGGAACCGCGACGACGUCCUCGACGCUUUCUUGCAAACGGGCCUCGAGCUUCUUCACCAAGCAGCCACUGCGCGCGACGAGGACUUCCAACUCGCGCGUCUGAAGCUGGAAGACUGGAAGAAAGCUUUCUAUUCCAAGGUGCCGUGCAGUCACAGAGUUCGCGGCGCGCCGCUGCACUUUAACACCUACGAUUCAAAGACGAUCAGCGACUCAAUCAUCGCGAACGUCGACUUUGUGGAGUCUCGGGACCGCAGCGCCUUCUUCUGCCUCUCCGUCAUGCUCUACAACCUGCCAGGCGAACUCGUCUCGACUUACGUCUACGUGUGUGUAACGCAGAAGGUGACGGAGAGAGAGCGAAGACGCAUUCUCGCGCAAAAGGAGAAGCAAUCCCGAGAAGACGCGCAGAGGAAAGCCAGAAAGCACCGACGCAAAGCUGGCCAAGCUGGAGCCGGCGCGCCGGAAGACGGCAAGGAGGGGGACGAGAUCGGAAACGAAGAACCUGAAGACGCAGUCGCAGUUGUCGCUGAAGGCGAAGCUGUGGCGGGAGGAGAGGAAGGGAAGGACGGAAAGAAGCACAAGAAGGUCGUGAAGAAGGAAGGCGUUCCGAAGGUGAAGAAGCGGUCCUACGAACACGUGGAGGGAACGGAAGUCGCGGCGAUUGCGAUUGAAAGAGAUUUCUUCGGCGAGUCUGAAGCCCCAGACUUCAAGAAUCUCAUGAAGGACGUCGAAGGCGCCAUCAACGAACACCUCGGUCUCCCGCCCGGCCGCGUCCGAGCCUUUCAAGCGCGUUUCGCAGAGAAGCGAAUCGUCUUUGCGAUCGGGCCUCCGCCAGAAGGCGGCAGCGACGAGAACGCCGUACCCUCCGCAGCUCUGAUGGAGAAGCUCCGCGAGCUUCUGCCCAACAUGGCACACGAGGAAGGCCGCUUCCAGGAAAUCACCGGAGGCGGCGCGAGUCUCCAGUGGGACGGUCCAGGGUCUAACAUCCUGACGCGGAUUUUGGAAGAGAAAGGCCACGGCGAUGAAGGCGGUGACGGCGAAAAGGCGACUUCGGAAGGAAUCCCGGCGAGCGAUAUCCACAUCAACGGGACAGUUGUCGCGCCGGAGACAGGCGAUGAGACGGGCGUCGAGAAGGACGGGAAAAAGAAGAAGAAAGAGAAGAAAGAGAAGAAGGAGAAGAAAAAGAAAGAGAAGAAGAAAAAGGAGAAAGACGGCGAAACAGAGGGCGAAGCAGAAGAAGCUUCUGUCCCCGCCGGUGUCCCUCCAGUGCCUGCAGCUGUCGAUCCCGUUGUCCCCGAGCCGGGUGGUUCGGAGGACGGGGAGAAGAAGGAGAAAAAAGCGAAGAAGGAGAAGAAAGAGAAGAAAGGGAAGGAAAAGAAAAAGAAGAAGGACGGCGAGGCAGAUGGAGACGCAAAAGAAGCUUCUUCUGUGCUCCCAGGUGUUCCGCCUCCGGUUGUUCCUGCUGCUGUCAUCCCCAUUGUCCCCGUCCCCGUUGGUUUCGAGGACGGCGAGAAAGAGGAGGAGAAGAAAGAGAAGAAGGAGAAGAAAGAGAAGAAGGAGAAGAAAGAGAAGAAGGAGAAGAAAGAGAAGAAGGAGAAGAAAGAGAAGAAGGACAGCGAAACAGAAGCUGAAGCACAGACAACUGCAGCGGCUACUCUGGUGCCCUCUCCUGAUGCUGAGGCGCCUUUGGUUGUCCUCACGCCGGCGCUGACGCCAGAGGAGAACGGGUCUCGUGUACCAGCUGCGCCGGCAGUGGCGGAACCGAAGCCGAAAGCAGGUUUGUCGGUAGGGGUCGCGAUGCUGGCGGCAGCGGCGCGGUCGCGGCUACGAAGAAAAACGAUUGCCGAGAAGCUGCGAGCUGCGUCGUCCUCGUCGGUGUCGAGCAGCGAGGACGCGUCCGAGUCGUCUUCGUUUCCGGACCGGUCGCCUCCCUCGUCCCCAUCUUCCUCUUCCUCGUCUUCCGGUUUCUCAGAGGCUGCGGCGAAAGCAGGCGUCCUGCGCAUGCGCCUCGAGGAGGCGAAUGCUCGCCUAGCAGCCGCCAGGCAGAGACAGCUGUCCCCGUCUUCCGGGAGUUCCAGAGGAGACUCCUCUGGGUCUUCCGAAGCGUCGUUUCUCUCCAGUGAAGACGAAGAGGAUUGGGAUGCGCUGUGGCAGAAGCACAGAGCGACAGUGGUCGAGAGACAGCAGAGGCUCCAGGCGAUGGUCGCGGGAGUCAAGGCCUCCUACCAGCGUCUCGAAGAGGAACACAAACGGAUGGAAGUCGUUCGACGCAGAGAAGAAAGGCUGCAGCGGCAAAUUGAAGAGGAACGCGAACGUGCCGUCCAGCAACUCAAAACAGCCACGCAACAAGCGAAGGAAGAACUGGACAGAGUCGCUCGGCAACCGCCGCCUGCUAGGGCUUGGUCGGGGGCGACUGUCCUCUCGCGUCCGCAGCCCGCGGCGCAGACAGGGACGGCUUACUCGCCCCUUCCAGAUGCGGAACCGGUUGCAGAAAAAGGCGCCUACGACGGUUGGUAUCAGGCCUCCGACGGCUACUACUACCCCGUCGAGCAGUCUGAGGAGCGCCUGGCUCAAGCAGGCGCCAAACUGCGGCAACAGCAACUGCAUCUGGUCGGCCGCCCGUGA